AUGUCUAAAUCAGGGGACCAGAUUGACACCACGAGUGAUGAUGGCGAUCAUGUCACACCUCCCACAAGUUACGAGCCAGAUGAGCUUCCUCGACAAUUCUCCCUUUUCUCCACUCUCGCAUUUGGGUUUAGUAUGACAAACUCCUGGCUUGGUUACUCGGCAACCUUCAUCACGCCACUCUUGCUGGGUGGUAGUCCGACGGUAUUUUUUGGUCUUCUUGCUGCAUCUGUCGCAUGUUGCUUUAUCAGUAAGAUUACCAUCCCUGGCUCCUGUCCCAAAGGCCUUCUGACACGCCAUCAUUUCCUAGCGGCUGGUCUGGCAGAACUCGCCUCGGCAUACCCAUCUAGCGGCGGCCAGUAUCACUUUGCCUAUAUGGUCACCUCUCCGAAAUAUCGGGCUUUGGUAGCAUUUGUCAUGGGAUGGCUGAGUGUGGUGGCGUGGGCCCUUACCAGUGCGUCUACCGCCUUGGUUUGUGCCCAGAUGAUCGGCAGCUUAGCUGGCAUAUACAACCCAUCUUAUAUUGGACAGGCUUGGCAGACAUGGAUGAUAUAUGUUCUAUUGGUUUUGAUUGCAACAACAAUUGUCUGUUUACUACCAGCGGCCCUCCCCCGAGCUGAGAUGGUGAUGUUUGUUAGCAGCUUCUUGGGAUUCGUCGCCAGUUUCAUCGCUGUUCUGGCAACGCGGAAGCAUACACAGUCAGCGAAAACAGUAUUUGUCGACUUUGAGAACAACAGUGGCUGGAGUGACAGUACAUCUUUCAUUAUUGGUCUUGGAACAUGUAUGUAUGCAUACUUGGCCAUCGAUGGAGCGUGCCAUAUUGCGGAAGAACUUCCAAACCCCAGAUCCGACGUUCCUCGCGCUAUGGGGCUUACCAUGCUUAUUGGCAUGACGACAGUCAUCCCAUGGACACUUGUGUUCCUAUUCUCCAUUACAGACGUAGACGAUGUUACCUCAUCGUCGAUUCCGGUGUAUACGAUUUACUUACAAGCCACGCAAAGUCAAUCUGCGGCCACUGUGCUCACCGUCUGGAUCCUAUUCGUUUAUUUUGGCGCGUUGGUGUCAUGUAUUGUGACUACUGGACGGCUUGCAUACGCCUUUGCCCGCGAUGGAGGUCUUCCAUACUCGACUUUCUUUGCCCGGAUUAAUUCUAAGCAUCAGGCUCCCGUCAAUGCAACUGGAGCAUGUGCAGGCGUGAUAAUACUUUACGGGCUGAUCUAUAUCGCGUCGGUGACGGCAUUCAAUAGCUUCAUAUCCAUGUCAAUUCUCUCGCUCAAUUUGACCUACGCUUUGCCGCAGGCUAUCCUUUUGUUCCGAGGCAGAGAACACAUUCUCCCAAAACGCCCUUUCGACUUGGGUCGACAUCUUGGACCGAUUUGCAACGCGUUUUCAAUCCUCUGGGUGGUUUUUAUCACCAUUCUAUUCUGCUUCCCUACAUCCAUUCCGACUACAACCGUUAGUAUGAACUACGUCAGUGUCGUCAUUACGGGGAUUUCAUUAUUGAUUAUGGUUUCCUGGUGGGGAGGCAAAAGAAAGACUUUCUCCGGCCUGAUAGAGCGUGCAAAGGUUGAAGUCAUCAGUUCAGAUCUCAUUCCUGGCCGCUUAGAUUCAGAAACAAACCCUACGAAUCCGGUGCCAUAUGAUCUCGUACUUUACCACCCUGUAACGUUUAAGCUGUUUGUGACCGCCGAAGUGUUCAAUGGUCAGAACGGCUGUGAGAAAUGGAUUACAGACGUAUAG